UGUGGAGGGAAACUUUUCUCCUUGAGGAGAGCGCGCGCUCCUCCUCUUCACGCCCCAGACGUGCAGCCUCCUCAGCGGGAUACUUUUCAAGUAACAGCCGCGUGAAGAAGUCGCUUCUCCCCGCUUCUCUGUUCUUCUUCAACCCGCUGAGUUUUCUUUGUUUCUGUUAAACGGGGACGGGAUUCAGCGCGCGCGGGAUGGUGUGGUCCCAUUAAAAGUUCCGACCUCCACAGCAGCAGCAGCUGAGUCCGGCUUCUCCGGUGCUCGAACCCCGCUGAUCCGGCUGCUGUCCCCGCCUCCGAGGCCAUGGGUUGCGGCUUAAGGAAACUGGAAGACCCGGAGGACAGCAGCCCGGGGAAGAUCUACUCCACCCUGAAGAGACCGCAGGUGGAGACCAAGACGGACAUCGUGUAUGAGUAUGUGCUGCUGGACUUCAGCUUGGAAGGAAGCCGUCCGACAGUCCAGUACGUGUCCUCGCUGUCGGAGCUGCCUCAGGCCCUGCAGCCCUACUACACCCAAGGCUACGUCCUCGCCGCCCUGCACCCCAUCAUCCUGUCUGUGGGCCGGACCCGCUCGCUGCCCUUCAGCCUGCUCUACCGGGCCAUCCUGGCUCGUCCCAGACCCAGUAACCAGACGGCGUCCAUGUGUCACAGCGUGCCGGUCCUGAAGGUGGAGGAGUGGCCUCUACCCGGAGACUCUCUAACAGGCGACACUGUGCGAGCGCUCAUCGACAGGGUGAACAGCAGUGCACGAGGGGGCGUUCGAUUCGUCGGCUCCGUCCUCCAGCAGGUGAGCGGGAUUACCAACGGGCGGGUGCACAGUCCAAAGAGAGGUCAUCGCUCCCCCCCACACACGCCCCCCAGGACCCCCCCUGGAGAUAGAGACCUGGAGGACAACACCUACAGUCCUGACUUGAGGCUGCUGGUCUUCUUUCACUCCUGGGCUCCAGGCUGCGCUCCUCUGGACUCGUUGGCCUGCCAGUACCACCAGGGGGCGCUCUCCAUGCGCGUUUCCAGGAAGGGCCAUGUGGUCAGCGCCCUGGAGGCUGAUUGGCUUGAGCUGACAGCUGUUUAUUACCGCAAAGGUUGGUCGCUGGUGGACUCCUUCGUGUACUGGGACACGCCUAAAGGCGAGCCGGUUCCCAGGUCGCUGGAGGGACUGUUCGUGUACGAGGAGAGGAGCACCUCCUCCCCCGCCAACGACACCAUCGUGGUCGAGCAGUGGACCGUCAUCGAGGGCUCCAACGUGAAGACGGACUACGGGCCGCUGCUUCACACUCUGGCGGAGUUCGGCUGGCUGCUGACGUGUGUGCUGCCCACGCCCAUCAUCCGACACGACAGUGACGGGAAUUUGGCCACGAAGCAAGUCGUGUUUCUGCAGCGGCCAAUCAGGAACCCAACAGCUGGACACCUGAGGAACCAGUCGGUGUCGGUGACCAGCGACGUUUCCAGCCGCUCCGUCAGUUGCACCGUCAGCGGCUCCACCCCCACAGAUGACCUCUCUCCAGCUGCAGGAGGCAUCGGAGGCUUUCCGGUGUUCGGAGGGGGGUACCUGAGCUCCCUGUCCCACCUGGAGGAGGGAGGCUUUGAGCAAGACGAGGGGAAGGCGGAGGUGACCUGCAUCUGAGCGACUCGGGGUGGGGGAGGGGGGACUCAGCACUUUUUUAUACGAAGCCAUAAAGACGAGACGGUUCAUUCAGACCUGCUGGAGGGACGAAGCUCAGUGUUACAGAGAUGACGGACUGCUGGUGAACAAGGAGGGAGGGAUGGUUUUAUCUGCCGUCUCUUUACAGUCCAGAUCCAGUUUGGUGCAGAGAUCUGAUGACGUGUGGCGCCUGGAGUAACACGUGUACAGAACAGUAUUAUUCUCAGCUGUUUCGCCUCAUUUUCAAAGUGUUUUUAACUUUUAUCGACACUGCUGAUCUCACAUGGUACUGUUGAAGACGACAAACAGCAGUGUUGCAUUAUGGGUUAAGCCGUUACAGAAAUCAUAAAUGGCUCCUUUAAAGCUCACGACGACACUGUGUUGGUGUUUGUUUAGAUUAUUCAUUUUUCUUUGUGCAUCUUUGACUCCUUAAUUUCUCUCCUCUGAGUGGACGUGGAUGUUUCUGAACUUUUUUUUAAACCAACAUCAGCUGUUAUAAUCUAUCAGAUGGCUGUCACCACUGAUUUUCUGUCCAGUUCUUGUGUGUGUGUGUGUGUGUGUGUGUGUGUGUGUCUCAGCCUUUCAAACCAGUUUAAAGUAUUACAACCAAGUCUAGAACCAAUUUCUGGGUCAUAGGAUGAUGAUAGGGGAGGCACACAUUUUAAAAAUGAUUAGAGCCUUAUAACUGCAGGAGGUGUGUCCUUUACACCAUCCACAUCUAAGAGGAGCACAUUUUAGAUAAAUAUCAGUAUUAACCCCUUAAUGCCUUUUU